CGAAUCUUCUGGCUUGUUACAGCAGUAAGAAGUCUGCCUAUACUUUCAACCGUUCACCACCAUCAAACAUACUUUCCAAGAACCACUACAUACUACGAUAUAGACAAAAUUUUCUAUACGAAACUGCAGUGUUUUGUUCUCCUAAUAGAGUAAGAUGACUGCACGAAAGUUACAAGUCGAGAUUGAAAAAACAUUCAAAAAAGUUACCGACGGAAUUGCAAUCUUCGAUGAAGUUUAUGAAAAACUAAACGCUAGUACAAGUCCAUCACAGAAAGAAAAACUUGAAGGUGACCUGAAGACACAAAUCAAGAAACUGCAACGUCUGCGAGACCAAAUCAAGGCGUGGGCCAGCAGCAAUGAUAUUAAAGACAAAAAGGCAUUGAUGGAAAAUCGACGAUUAAUUGAAGCGAAAAUGGAAGAGUUUAAGGCUGUCGAAAGAGAAAUGAAGAUUAAAGCCUUCAGUAAAGAAGGACUGAGCGCGGCGACUAAGAUGGAUCCUAAAGAAAAAGAAAAAAAUGAUACAGUACAAUGGAUUGCUAAUGGCGUCGAAGAACUGGAGCGCCAAAUUGAACAAAUGGAGGCGGAGACUGAGAUUAUUCGAGUCAGUAUGAAGAAGGGAAAGAAGGAUAUGUCCAAAAUUUCGCAAUUAAACGCACUGGAAGAUCGGAUUGAACGGCACAAGUGGCACCAAGAGAAACUGGAACUGCUGAUGCGCCGGUUGGAAAACAACCAACUUACGGCAGAAGCCAUCAAUAACAUCCAGGAUGAUAUUCUUUACUACAUUGAGUCUAAUCAGGAUGUUGAUUUUGCAGAAGACUUCAACAUUUACGAUGAACUUGGACUUGAUGAUGCACCAAUUUCCAAUUCAGCCGAACUGAAGAAGUCCUCUGAGAGCUCGUCACCACUGAACCAAUCUUCCUCAACUGACGGUAGCGACGAGACACAAUUUGUUUCUGUGAACACCCCUCCGUCGCAAUCGCCCGGUGCGCAAACUCCUGAGCCGUCCAGCUCAGUUCAAAAGAGCAAAGAAGAGACGCGACCGAAAGAACCCGUCCAGGUGCUUCGUUUGAGUCACAGCUCCAAAACCCCCUCCUCAUCACCGAAACCCAACGCAAUUGCAUCACCGCACGUGAAUGCUAGUCCGUCAACUCCUACACAUACACCUUCUGUUGCACUCCACAUGCCUAAACCGGAACUUCGUUACGCCUCGGCAGCAGCAGCAGCUGCUGCCGCUCUGCGUGACGCAGCAAAUCACAGCACUGCCCGUUCUAAUUCUCCGUCUUCUCCAUAUACUGCCACUGUAAUUACGAGCCGGCAUGCUUCGACGGCUCUUCAACACAACUCGGCUACAACUGCUGCUAAAGCAGAACCAAGCGCUGUAGCGAAGGUUAGCAAGCCUGCUGAAGAUGUGCCCGUAUCCGCUACCGGCACCUCCACAGCUGCUGCUGCAUCCAAUGGUGCAUCAACAGCAGCCAAGAACGCACCUCCUGUACAGGUAGAGCAGCUUCCUACAAUUGUUCAAGACCUGUACAAAACGCUUUCGGGUGUUCGUAAGCAGGUGCAAAGUAGCAAUAAGGCCGAAGAGAAUGGAGAAACAAGUCGUGAAGACAAGAGCAAGCUGUACGAGCUGUUGGAUACCAGCUGUCUCUACGUUCCAGAUUCUGUGGAUGCUUCGAAACCGCGAUACUAUAUUCCCAAAGACCCUUAUCCCGUACCCCAUUACUAUCCACAACAACCACUGCCGCUUUUUGACUCGCCUGAAAUUGUUGAACGGGCUGACCCUGACACUCUUUUCUUUAUGUUUUACUAUCUGCCUGGGACUUAUCAACAAUACCUUGCUGGAAAGGAGCUCAAACGCCAAAGUUGGCGGUUUCACAAAAAAUACAUGACUUGGUUUCAGCGUCAUGAUGAACCCAAAGUUAUAACUGAUGAGUACGAAAGCGGUACAUACCGUUAUUUCGACUUUGAAGGCAACUGGGUUCAGCGUAAAAAGUCUGACUUCCGCUUUCAGUAUCAGUAUCUUGAGGACGAAGACGACUGGAGUCGCUGAACUCGUAUUAACGAAUGCUGCAUAUAACGUUUGUCUCUUUUGUAAAAAUUAUAUCUGUUCUGUUCACCGAUAUUUUAAACAGCAUUCAAGGGUGCUAGACGCCUUAACGAUAAGGAAAGAGGAAAGACAAACAAGAACAGGGUCCGUCCAAAUAGACAUAGAACAAGGACGAACAGUAUACAAAACAGGACUCUGAUCAACACCCAAAAAACAAACAAAAAAUAUAGAAAAAAGACAUUUAUUAUGCUAUUUGUAUUUUACGAUUCUGGAAAUCCUGUUGAUGUUAGUAGUUGACAAAUGAAAUGAAUAGGCUGAACCAAAAUUCAA